GGCUGGUGACAACUGAGCGUUUAAAGGGCCGAGGUCAGCUGACCGACUCCAGCCCCUGGUCUAUCCCCGCGGGCCAGUGGCGCUGUCGCCGCGGGAGAAAGAUGACCGUGGAGCGGCCGGGCAGGGCGCUCGGGAGCAGACCCCGGGAACUGCGGCUUUUGGGGUUCUGGGGAGGCUGUGGGGCCCACAUAUCUGCCGUGAUCCUCCUGCUGCUGUUAUCGCGGGCGGGAUUUGGGGCCAGGGCAGAGGACGAUUUCGAUCUGGUGCAGCCCCUGGUGACCAUGGAGCAGCUCCUGUGGGUGAGCGGGAGGCAGAUCGGCUCUGUGGACACCUUCCGCAUCCCGCUCAUCACCGUCACUCCUCGGGGCACUCUCCUUGCCUUCGCUGAGGCCCGAAAAAUGUCGGCAUCCGAUAAAGGGGCCAAGUUCAUCGCUCUGCGGAGGUCCACGGACCAGGGCAGCACGUGGUCCCCUACAGCAUUCAUCAUAGACGACGGGGAGACCCCUGACGGGCUGAACCUGGGGGCGGUGGUGAACGAUGUGGAGACAGGUGUGGUGUUCCUUUUCUACUCCCUCUGUGCCCACAAAGCCGGCUGCCUGGUGGCCUCCACCAUGCUGGUGUGGAGCAAGGACGACGGCAUUUCCUGGAGUCCCCCCCGGAACCUGUCCCUGGAUAUUGGCACCGAGGUGUUUGCCCCUGGACCAGGCUCUGGCAUUCAGAAACAGCGGGAGCCUCGGAAGGGCCGGCUUAUUGUGUGUGGCCAUGGGACGCUGGAGCGGGAUGGAGUCUUCUGCCUCCUCAGCGAUGACCACGGCGCCUCCUGGCACUAUGGGAGUGGGGUCAGCGGCAUCCCCUAUGGCCAGCCCAAGCGGGAGAAUGAUUUCAACCCCGAUGAGUGCCAGCCCUAUGAGCUCCCCGAUGGAUCAGUCGUCAUUAAUGCCAGGAACCAGAACAACUACCACUGCCACUGCCGAAUCGUCCUCCGCAGCUACGACGCCUGUGAUACCCUGCGGCCUCGAGACGUGACCUUCGACCCUGAGCUCGUGGACCCCGUGGUAGCUGCAGGAGCUGUAGCCACCAGCAACGGCAUCGUCUUCUUCUCCAACCCAGCCCACCCGGAGUUCCGGGUGAACCUGACCCUGCGCUGGAGCUUCAGCAAUGGCACCUCAUGGCAGAAAGAGACGAUCCAGCUGUGGCCAGGGCCCAGUGGCUACUCCUCCCUGGCAGCCCUGGAGGGCAGCGUGGGUGGGGAGGAGCAGGACCCCCAACUCUACAUCCUAUAUGAGAAAGGCCGGAACCAGUGCCUGGAGAGCAUCUCCCUGGCCAAAGUCAGUGUCUAUGGGACACUCUGAGCCACAGGGGUAGAAAGCCUGGACUCAGCCUUCAGGACUCGGGGUCUCUUCAGGGAUCUACUGGGGGUGCAGUUGCACCUUCCUCUGGACUCUAGUGUUUUAGAAAAUUAACUUCUGACAGGAAAUCACUCUUGAGGAUUAAAAGCCCGAUUGACUCUCCCACACAGGAAGUCCUACCCUCACCUGGGAGUGCUGCCUUUCCACAUCCCCAGGUGUGGCUCCUCUACCCUCACUGUCCCCCCCCAGGACCGUGAUUGGUCCUUUUCUUGGGUGGGGCCUAGAUGGGCCUGUAGAGUUGGAUAAAUGAACUCAGGGACUUGGGAAGGCCCAGCAUCCUCUUUGGGGGUGGGGGAGAUGCUGGUGUUGGUUGGUGAAAGUCCUGGCAGGGCAGGACAUGUGGUUUCAGGUUAAGGAACUAGGUAUACUAUCCCCCUUUUGAUGUCUAUGAAUCAAAAUGUUUAUAACUUAAAAGUUUUUAAUGAAGGAGAAUGAACAUUUGUAAAGUC